UGUGACUUUUCCAUUAAUUUUCAGGAUAAAAAUAACCAGCGCAUUCGUCGCUAUUUUCGGUCUCCAAGCCCAGAACGCGCUAUCUUUGACCCAUCAAUCGCUUCGUGCUGCUCCCCUCCGCUCACUUCGGAAGCGCUCGCCCCUCGCCAUGAACACCAGCAACCCGUUCCAGGACCCGUCAGUGCUGCGCGCUCAGUCUCCCGCCUCGCCGAGCAUGAAUUUCUCGAACAUCUCGGCUCCAGAACCCGUGUCGACUGCGGGCGGAGCAGUACCAUCCUCGUACCAGGCGGCUGGUGCUCCGCGGCAGAACCUCAUGGACGAGAUUGGCGCGCAGAUCAAGGCCACCAACAGCCAGACGAUCAUUAAGGUCAUGCGCCUACUGAAUCUGGUGCUGGCCACGGCCACCAUCGCGGUGGGUGUUCUCGCCUGGAUCUUCGGCCAGGUGGACACUUUCCAGAAGGUUAUCGCGGGCAUCUACAUCAUUAUGUUUGGCGCGCUGUUGCUAGCGUUCGAGCUGCGCACCGAGAAGGUGGACGUGAUUCUGCGCAAGAACUUUGGCUUCAUGUACGGCAACAAGACGCGCACCAUCUUCCUCGUCUUUAUUGCGAUCUGGCCGCUGUCAAUGGGCAACUUCUGGCUCACGAUUCUGGAUGCCGUGCUCCUGUUCCUCAACGCCUUCUUCAACUACUUUGUCAUCUCGCAGCACCCAGCAUUCUCAACAGUGCCACCCGUGUACGACCCCAACCAGCCGCAGGCUGGCGGCUACGCGCCCGCGCCGCACACGAACGUGUAAGCAGACAAGUGACGGUAUGUCAUGGCCGCAGCACCUAAGUUUUAUUUGCAAAGUAUAUAUCUUUUUUUUUCUUCA